CACAGAUUCAAAUGUACAGGUGUAACGACUGCAAUUACAAAACUAUAUACAAGAGUUAUAUUCAAAUACACCAACUGAAACAUAAGGAUCCUUCGCAAGUUCAAACGUACAGGUGUAAUGACUGUGAUUACAAAACUAAAUACAAGAAUGCUAUCAAACAGCAUCAACUGAAACAUACAGAUCCUUCGCAGAUUCAAAUGUAUAGUUGUAAUGACUGCAAUUUCAGAACUACGUACAAGAAUGUUAUGAAACGGCACGAAUUGAAACAUAAAGAUCCGUCGCAAGUUCAAACAUACAGGUGUAACAAAUGUGAUUACGAAACUAUAUACAGACGUUAUAUUAACAGUCACCAACUGAAACAUAAGGAUGCUUCGCAAGUUCAAAUGUACAAGUGUAAUGACUGCGAUUAUGAAACUAAAUACAAAGGUCAUAUCAGAACGCAUCAGCUGAUACAUAAAGAUCCUUCGCAAAUUCAAAUGUACAGUUGCAACGAUUGCGAUUAUAAAAGUAAACACAAGAGGAAUAUCAAACGGCACCAAGUGAUGCAUAAAGAUCCAUCGCAGGUUCAAACAUACAGGUGUAACAAAUGUGAUUACAAAACUAUACACAGACGUAAUAUUAAAGCGCACAAACUGAAACAUAAGGAUCCCUCGCAGGUUCAAAUGUACAAGUGUAACAACUGUGAUUAUGAAACUAAAUACAAGAGCAAUAUCAAACAUCACAUGUUGAAGCAUAAAGAUUUCUUGAAGGUUUAAACAUACAGAUGUAAUGACUUCAAUUUUGAACCCAAAUAAUGGAGAUAUAUCAUGUGUUAAAGCAUAGAGAGCCUUCUCGAAUGCAAAUUUACCUUUGUGAUCUGUGUGGUUUGGUAAUUAAGGUUUGCAGGUGUGAAUUACUGCCCAUCGAUAUGCAAAAUACGGUCAAGAAUGGAACUGUUUAAGAGCUAUAAGACACCGAUCGUAAAUAUUGGAAUAAGAUGUAAAACAUAAAGCCUGCUUUGAAAAAAUUGGUUGAAACACGAAAAUUUCACUGAAACAAGAGGACUGGCAACUGAUUUGUAGAAAUGGCUAAUACCUGGUUAUGAACUGAAGAGUCCACACUUUUCCUAUUUCUCACAAUGCAACCAUCUACCGAUUGACAAACGGUUUAUAAUUUUGACUGAUUAUAUCAUGUUAAAUGUGUAUAUAUAUUUUAAACAACGAUAUUGUA